AUGGGUACUGAGGUUGGCGCUUUGGAAGGACAACAUACUUGGGACAUUACAGAGUUACCUCCUGGAAAAGUUGCAAUUGGUUGCAAAUGGGUUUACAAAACAAAGUUUAACUCAGAUGGAACAGUGGAGCGUUAUAAAGCAAGGCUCGUUAUUCUCGGUAAUCAACAAGAAGAGGGAGUUGAUUUUAAAGAAACUUUUGCCCCGGUAAUCAAGAUGAACACAGUCCGUAUUCUCUUGGAGAUUUCAGCAGCAAAAGGUUGGGAACUACACCAAAUGGAUGUGCAUAACGCGUUUCUUCAUGGUGAUUUAGAGGAAGAGGUUUACAUGAAGUUACCUCCCGGAUUCAAGGCUACUGGUCCGAAUCAAGUCUGCAAACUAGCGAAAGUCACUUUAUGGUCUCCGACAAGCUCCGAGAUGUUGCGUGGGAAGUCUAUUGUUUAUGUUCUGGUAUAUGUCGAUGAUUUGGUCAUUGGUGGUAGUGAUCCCGUACUCAUUUCUAAUUUCAAAGCUUACCUCAAUCGUCAGUUUCACAUGAACGAUUUGGGUGUUCUAAAAUAUUUUCUGGGCAAUGAGGUUGCUAGAAGCAGUGAUGGAAUAUAUUUGUCUCAACAGAAGUAUGCUCUCGACAUUAUUACAGAAUCUGGUCUUCUUGGAGCACGCCCUAUUGACACUCCUAUGGAAGAGAAUCAUGCUCUGGCUCGUGAUAAAGGUGCUUUCUUCGAUGAUCCAGUCAAAUAUCGACGCUUGGUAGGUCGCCUGGUUUACUUGACGGUCACUAAACCAGACUUGAGUUACGCUGUUCAUACGCUUGCGCAGUUUAUGCAGAAACCACGACUCAAACAUUGGCACGCAGCUUUAAGAGUUGUUCGAUAUCUCAAGAAGGCUCCAGGACAGGGCAUCUUCUUAAGCGCCAAUAAUGAUCUCGCACUAUCUGCUUAUUGUGAUUCCGAUUACGCCGCGUGUCCAUUGACUCGUCGGUCACUUACCGGUUAUGUCGUCAUGCUUGGCGAUUCUUUGGUCUCCUGGAAAACAAAGAAACAAAAGGUAGUCUCUCGGUCUACGGCGGAAGCAGAGUAUCGCGCAAUGGCAAUCACGUUGUGUGAAGUUAAGUGGAUCGUUGAACUUCUGAGUAGUCUUGGCAUCAAACAACAGUCUCCGGUUCCUCUAUAUUGUGAUAAUCAAGCGGCCUUAUACAUAGCUGCCAAUCCAGUUUUUCAUGAAAGAACAAAGCAUGUUGAAGUUGAUUGCCACUUUAUUCGAGAUGCUAUAAUUGAUGGCUUGAUUGUUGCACGACACGUUGGGACAAAGAACCAGUUGGCUGAUAUCCGUUGGGACGAUGAUAUAACUUAUGAAAGUGUAUUGUAUUAA